AUGUCUAAAUACUCAUUGCAACAAAUAAUCCGGAGCUCUAACUUUCAUUCACUUAAGGAAAUCUCAUGUACAAAUGGCCAAUUCUGGGAUCAAUUUAAUGCAAAAUUUCAGGCUUGUGCGCUGAUUUAUAUAUCAUCUAUACCCAUCGUUGCUGCUAUCAUUAUUUUGGCCUUCAAAACCUGGCUCUACUUGGCCCAACGAUACCACGCGACUCCUACAUGGUUAAGAUGGCGAUUUGUGAAAGAGUUAGAGGAAACAGCCGGUCAAUCAAAUACAAACUCAAAUCGCCAGACCAUUAUUCUAACCGUAUUAUCGGUAGCCGGAUUCUGCUCUCAACUAGUAACCAUCUUUUAUCUAAAGUUUGGGAUAAUGUUGAUGGUCUCUCCAGUUGCUGCAUGGGCAAUAAUUGUUCUAUCCUGUGCUUCCCGAAAAAAUACAGCAGCGCCGCUUGAUUUGCUUUUUAUAUUAAUAAUUAUGACUGUAACGCAGUCUAUUCUCCUAAUCGAUGGAGAAUUGUACAAAAGUGGCGUUUUUGUGUGUCUACCAGCACUGUUUGCUGCCGGCGCAGUAGUAAAUAUUCUUGUUAUGCCUAUGCGAGAGCCUAGCUUGUCAAGUCAAGGAAUCAGCCCACCAUUUUCCAAACCUACCGCCGAACUCCGUAGCCCGGAGGAUAAUAUCACGGUUUGGCAAUUUAUGUCUGUAUCCUGGAUUUCGCCGCUAUUGUACCUUGGAAGUAAGAGGCAGUUAAACGAUGAGGAUGUCUGGUCCCUGGGAUACGAAUUCAAGCACCGCAUAAUUUUCGAAAAAUUCAGGGACAUGAAGGGAUCCAUUCUACAGAGAUUAUUAGCAGCAAACUGGCCAGAUUUAUGUAUUAUCACCGGACUUGGACUGAUAGAGCUAUGCGCUAAUUUACUUUCGCCAUUGCUUUUACAAAAAAUACUGCAGAAUUUCGAGAAACCUCUAACAUCUACGCGAGCAACCAUUGUAUAUGCAUCUCUAAUGCUGAUUGUUCGCUUAAUUUCAAGCCAAUCUAGUGUUUUUAACUUGUGGUUCGGUAGACGGGCUUAUGAGAGAUCAAGGGGAGAACUCAUUACAGUACUCUAUGAGAAAACUUUGAAUAGAAAAGUAACGUAUAGAUCUAGUGCUGGGGUUAAUCGGGCCUCUGUAUCAGAAGGCACCUCCUCAAGUCCCAGAAAAUUGUCCUUUAUCGGAAAAAUCAAAAAAGCUUUAAUGAAGCCAGUUCGACUGCUCCAAGCCCCUAGUCUCGCAUCAAAAUAUUCAGCUGAAAAGGUAGCCUCGGCAGGAAAAGUUAUCAGCUUAAUGCGUUUCGACGCAUACGAAGUCGCUCAACGCUUCUGGGAAUUUUCUUCGAUAACCACUCAACCAUUUAGCUUGAUAUUCUCUACAUUCCUCAUUUGGCGUUUGCUUGGCUCGAGCUGUCUUGUUGGUAUUUUAACAAUUUUAAUUGCACAGGCUAUCAACUCUAGAAUUGCUCGCACGCUUAUUUACUGGGAGCGGGAACGGAAAUCAUCUAUCGAUACAAAACUAACUCUAAUUAAUCAGUUUGUAGAUGCUAUCAAGUAUCUACGCUAUUGCGGUUGGCAGGAUGUGUGGCUAGACCGAAUAAUGGAGUCAAGGCAGCACGAGUUAAGACUCCGGGUGAUAACUAGUCUCUGGAAACUUUCGAUAAGUUUUACAAAUUCUUUUGCGAGUGGUUUAUUUCCAGUCGUGGCAUUUUCGGCUUACACAAUUCUUACAAAAAAUCCUUUGAGAAUUGAUAUUGCAUUCCCUGCAAUACAGCUCUUUUCAAUGCUGGAGAAUAACCUGAGAGAUCUACCAACUCUAAUAACUCAGUCACUACUAAAUGCAAGGAUCUCUCUAAGGCGGUUGGAUGAUUUUUUUAGUGAACCAGAUGUGGCAAAACCAGAAACUACACACAAUUCCGAAAUACAAUUAAGAAAUGCAUCCUUUUCCUGGCCUGGUGAAAAUCAGCCUGUACUGCAUGAAAUAAGCGCUUCGUUCAAGCCAGGCUUAACUGUCAUCUACGGGGAAGUCGGUGCUGGUAAAUCAAUGAUGUUACAAGCUUUACUUGGAGAACUUGAUCUUAUAAGUGGGGAAUAUUAUCCUACCAGUGAGAUUAUUGGAUAUUGUGGCCAGACACCCUGGUUGCAAAGUAUGAGUAUUCGCGAAAAUAUACUAUUUUCUUCUGCAUACGAAAAUGAUCGAUAUAACGAGGUCAUAGAAGCUUGUGAUUUAGCACCCGAUUUCUCAACCUUCCAGCAUGGAGACUUAUCAAUGGUAGGCGAGAAUGGAACUGGCCUUUCAGGAGGGCAAAAAGCACGUGUCUCUUUGGCUAGAGCUAUCUAUUCGAGAGCGAACGUACUCAUAUUAGAUGAUCCAAUCUCUGCACUCGAUCCACAGACUUCCAAUACAGUGGUAGAAAAAUGUUUAGGAGGCCAAAUUUUAGAAGGCCGCACUGUUAUUCUAGUGACUCAUCGCCCUGAACUCUGCUCAGGAAUUGCAAAACAAAUUAUCUAUAUGUCUAAAGGACGAGCUUUUGUACUUGAUCCCGACAAGAUCCCUUGUGCUCAGCAAGAUCCCAGCCAGACUUCAAGGACAGUGUGCCACGAUGAAGUUAACCACUCAGAUGACUCUAUUGUACCAAAUAAUGCGCCACAUAGUUUCAUGGACGAUGAAUUCAGGGCUCAUGGUGGAGUACCAACCAAGGUAUACUGGCAGUAUAUUCGGGCAGGAAAGCUCAAAUGGUGGAUUAUCCAUAUCGGGAUUGUGGCGCUUUUUCGGUUAAUUGGCAUCGGUAAAACCUGGUUUCUCAAAGAAUGGGGCGAAGCUUACGAGAACCCAAUUGAAAUAACCUCAGGGAGUCUGUUUCGAAGAUUUCCCUCUCCAUCUACUGAUAUUCGACCAUGGCUCGUAAGCUUCUUUCUUCUGGCCGUUGCGCAAUCAACAGCCUAUUUGGUAUCCCAGGGAUUUAUACUUGUCAUCAUAUAUAACGCCGGCAAAACUUUGUUUGAGAUGGUUAUGGGCAAGGUGGCUCAUGCAACCUUCCGCUUUUACGAUGUAACCCCUGUUGGUCGUCUAAUGAAUAGACUAACAUCUGAUAUUAAUACUGUCGAUGGAAACAUUAGUAAUCAGUUCCAUGAUUUUGUUUUUCUCUCAAUCACCUGGCUUUCAUCCUUAAUGGUAAUUGCAUCUGUUACUCCUAUAUUUCUUUUCUUUGCCAUCGGCUUAUCUAUAGCUUUUAUUGUCACAUUUCUUCAAUUUCUCCCUACAUCUCAGAGUCUCAGACGCCUCGAAAUGGUCUCGCUUACCCCCCUUAUUUCAAACUUUGGCGCAGUCACAGAAGGCCUGACCACAAUACGAGCAUACGGCUCUUCUUCUCGAUUUCAGGAUAGAGUGAUCGCUGUAACGGAUACUUUCCAAAAAAUGGAUCACUUCUAUUGGAGUUUGCAGGCUUGGUUAAUGUACCGACUUGAUAUUUUAUCGGAUCUUUCUACUUUUAUCCUAAUUAUUCUCGCCUUGUAUACUGGCCUUUCAGCCGGCCUGACCGCUUUCGUGCUCACAGCUUCAUCUAAAUUCGUGACAGCAACUCACUCACUCUGCCGUAAAUAUGGCCAGAUACAAAUCGAUUUUGUAUCGGUCGAGCGAGUAAUUGAACUUCUUAGUAUAUCUCAAGAGCCAUGUGGCAAGGUUACGCCUCCUGCUUACUGGCCGCGCUACGGCGCUGAGAUUAUAUUUGACAACGUCAGCAUUCAGUACGCACCACACUGCGAGCCAGCACUGUCCGAAGUUUCGCUCCGGAUUAAAGGUGGCUCCGUUACCGCAAUCACUGGACGCACUGGGUCUGGAAAGAGCACGCUCGCCCUAUCACUUCUUGCUAGCGUCCGAGCCACCAAUGGACGUAUUUUCAUCGAUGGGAUUGACAUUACAAGCGUUGAUCCACAAUGUCUACGUUCCCGCCUCACAUUUAUUUCUCAGGAGCCAGUACUCUUUGCUGGUACUAUACAGGAGAAUCUCGACCCGCUAGACCAAUACCCAGUUACCGAAUGUUUAGCAGUGUUGGCCGCCAUAGCCGAUAGUCGAGGGGCGUGGAGCCUCCAAACUCGCGUUGAGGCCAGCGGACGAAAUCUCAGCCAAGGCCAGCGCCAACUUGUUGGACUGGCGCGGGCUCUACUACGGCGUAGCUCUAUUAUUAUACUCGAUGAAGCUACAGCUAGUGUAGACAGCGAGACAGCAGCACGAGUACUGGCUCUACUACGCGAGUGGCUCAGUGAGAGUACGAUUAUAACAAUAGCUCACCGUGUGGAAGCUGUGAAAAACGCUGAUGCUAUCGUUGUCUUAGAGAAAGGUAGAGUACUUGAGGUAGCAAAAGAGGUAAUUACAUAG